AUGUGGUUUGGACACUCAGUCGGCGCCUGGCUGCUCGUGGCGUUUCUGCCCAACUCAGCUGACCCACAGAUUCUCAGACCCACUCCCGCGCCGGAGGAUCGUCUCCCAGCUUGCGCAGCGUGUCGUAUGCUCGCCGAUGAGUUCUUGCGAGGUUUAGAGAAGACUCAGAGGAGCAAAUACGAGGGGGGAGAUGCAGCCUAUGAGAGAGAGCGUGGGAUGCGUUAUGAGGACUCGGAGGUACGGUUGAUCGAAGCGCAGGAAGCCAUGUGUGUCGAAAAUAAGAAGCACUCGAAUCAAUGCAGGGACCUAAAGGAGGAGCACGAGUCGCUUCUCGAAGAUUGGUACAACACCCGCCGGAAAGAAGACCCGAAAUCUUUGUUCACCUUUCUCUGCGUCGAGCAGCUGCUGGUUUGCUGUCAGAAAGGCUACUUCGGCUUUGAUUGUAGACCGUGUGCGGGAGGAGCCGAGCUCCCGUGUUCGGGACACGGUACCUGCAGGGGAUCUGGGACGAGAAAGGGCAACGGGACCUGUAAAUGUCACUCUGGAUACCAGGGGGAAAUCUGUAACCAGUGCUCGAAGGGCUUCUAUUUUAAUGGGACAACGAACGGCUGUGAAGCCUGCGACCAGUCGUGCGAAACGUGUCGCGAAUGGGGUCCGAAGGGGUGCGUAGUCUGCAAUGAAGGCUAUAGCCACACUCAGGAAUGGGGUUGCUCAGACAUCGACGAAUGCCUAUUCGCCGACGACAGCCCAUGUAAAGGGAACACGUUCUGCGUCAACUACGAUGGCGGAUUUCACUGCCUCGACUGCGAUAGGACGUGCGACGGUUGCUACGCCGACGGACCUGAGAGCUGCAUCAAAUGCGCGACCGGCUUCGUGCUCGCGAAAGGUGUUUGCGUGCUGGCCAAACAAAUCAACGUACAGCAAACGUUGACGAGAUGGGCCGUCUACCUCGGGCUCGUCGUUUGUACAAUGAUCAUCUCGAAGAAAAGCGUCACCCUAUGCUCACUGAUCGGACUGUGCGUGGCCAUGUAUAUCGGGGCAUCAGAAUACACUACCGGCGCUUGGGAUGACUUCAAUUUCCAACAGUUCUUGAGAAGUUUCGCGGGCUGA